AUGGUUGCGACUGGUGCGAAUGUACAGAAAUUGCCCCCUGACAGGAGAGGACCACCGAAAACCAUGGUACCCCGUGACCCACCCAAAUCGAUGGACGACAUCGCAGAAGGGGCCCGCCAGGUGCUGAACCACAUUGAGAACAAUGGCACCGAGGACCGAUACGUCACAGGAUAUAUCCGGGCUGUCCGCCAGUACAGUAAAACCGGGUUAUAA